AUGUGGCUCAUGACAUGGCCCCCUGGGAUUGCACACAUGACACACCCACUCUUCACAUACCCCCGCUGCCUCUUUCCCGUCCCCUCCCACUCUUCAUCCCCCCACCCCAGGUUCCACGUGGGCAGUCAGGGCAGUAACGGCAGCCCAGACUCCCACGUUGCCCGCGGCCCCAGAGCCCGCCACCCGCAGCAGCAGCGAGCCUCCUGGACCCCCGGGAUCGCCCACAUGACUGCAGCAGCUGCUGCUGCCGCCGCCGCAGCAGGAGGAGGAGCAGCAGGAGCGGUGGGAGGGGUGGGAGCGGUGGGGGUAGGAGGAGGGGUGGGAGCAGUGGGGGUGGGGGCAGGGAGGGCGCAGCCGGUGCCUGUGUGGCGGCCGGGGUUGGGGGGGCUGCCUGCGAAUGCGGUGGAGUUGGGGGGCAGCAGUUGGAGGAGCACCAGCAGCUUCGGGUCGCCACAGCUCAUGGCGUUCUAUUUCGGAGCCACUCCCCCCGGCUCCUACAGUGGCUCGGCUGCCUCCUCCCUCUCUAGCUCCUGGGGCAUGCCCGCUGGCCUGGCCAUGCUGCACCAGCAGCAGCAGCAGGGGGAGAAGAAGGAGAAGGAGAAGGAGGAGGAACCGGGGAAACAGGCAGCAGGGGACGCAAAGGCAGGCGAGAAGAAAGACGGGGAGAAAGAGACAGAAGCAGGGAAGGAGGGUGCAAAGGAGAAGGACCAGAAGCAGCAGGAGCAGAUGCAGGGCAGGGGGGGCAAGGGGGGAGGGCUCCUAAGCCCACCCAAGGGAGUCACCCCUCUCCCCUUCGCCCCUGGCUCUGCCCCUACGGGGAGUAUGAUGCAUAUGGCGGCAGCGGGGGGAAGGCACAGGGACAGGGGGAGGGGAGCGGUGGGUUCGGUGGGGAAGGGGGGCGCUGGGCUGCUGUCGGCUAGUCUGGGCUCGGGAGGGCAGCAGCACCAGCAUGUUAGUCACGCGCUGCUGGAAGAAAAUGGUUUCAAGCAGCAGAAGUACUCCUCGUUCUACAAGAGGUGUCUCAAGGAGAGAAAGAAGCUUGGCAGCGGCCGCUCUGAGGAAAUGAACACUUUAUUCCGCUUCUGGUGCUACUUCCUGCGCAAGAGCUUCAACCAGCAGAUGUAUGACGAUUUCAAGAGGCUUGCCACGGAGGACGCGGCUUCCAAAUACUACUACGGCAUGGAGUGCCUCUUCCGCUUCUACAGCUACGGACUGGAGUCCAAGUUUGAAGAGCCCAUGUACGCUGACUUUGAGCAGCUGACUCUGGACAUGUACCAGCGGGAUGGGAACCUGUACGGGCUGGAGAAGUACUGGGCGUACCAUUUCUAUCGCAAGGACAAGGACACUCGAGACGUGAAGAAGCACCCCGAGCUGGAGAAGAUUCUCACUGAGAAGUUCCGAACCAUGGCUGACUUCAGGGCCGCUAAGGAUGCGCAGAAACGUGCCCUGGCUGAAGCACAGGCCAAGGCAAAGGCAGGCGGGGAGAAGGUGGGAGGGGAGAAGGGGGGAGGGGAGACCGGGGGAGGGGAGAAGGGGAAGGAGGAGAAGGUGGAGGAAGGGAAGGAGGGGAAGAAGGGAGAGGGGGAAGGUCCUGCUGUUCCAGAGGCAGGGGGUGGGGCUGUGGGGGGAGAAGCAAAGGGGGAGGAUGGAGGGAAGGAGGCAGCUGUAGCGGAUAAGGCAGAGGACAGCGGAGCAGCAGCACCAGCUGCAGCAGCAGAGACAACAUCGUAG